AAAUACUUCAUAAUGACAUCACAGUCAUCUGAUCCAGCCUGGGCGCAGCGCAGAGGAAAUCCAGUUGGUUUGGAGAGGGUGCUGGACAUUGCUGUGAAUGUAUCCCGUGCCAUCGCCAGUUGUUUUUGCCCCUGGGUCAAAUAUUGUGAAAUGUUUUGACGUGAACUGGAGAAACAGUGACGCGAAUUAGAGGGGUUUUUUUUGUUUGUUUAUCUGGUUUAUUGGCUGCUGUUCAAUGUAAUUCUUUAGUGAUCCGAAGAAGCAUAUGAGCAUAGGCUGUACUUCACGGCGCGAUCUGCUGAAGUGAAGAGCAGAGACUCGAGCGCGAAAAUCCUCUCGUCUCCCACCUGUUGAGACGGGGGAACGUGGUGCCGUUUGUGGAUUACUAUGACAUUGGAUACAGAUUUAAUGGACGACUUCGUUAUUGACGUAGUAGGAGAAUGUAGUAAAGAUUCGGGAGAAGAGAACCUCUCUAACUUAUCUCUCGUGGACGCGAAAGUGUCCGACCGAGGAUUGAACUCUGAUAGUCGUUUUGAUGAUAAGGGAAAAGAUGCCCUGGCAGCCAGGAGCCCUCCAGCGCCGAACCAAAGUACCUCGGUGAAGCCACCAUACUCUUACAUUGCUUUGAUAACGAUGGCCAUUCUUCAGAGCCCAAAGAAGCGACUCACCCUCAGCGAGAUAUGCGAUUUCAUCAGCCACCGGUUCGUGUACUACAGAGAGAAAUUUCCAGCUUGGCAGAACUCUAUCAGGCAUAAUCUGUCGCUAAAUGACUGCUUCGUCAAAAUGCCCCGCGAGCCUGGCAACCCAGGCAAAGGAAACUACUGGACCCUGGAUCCGAACUCGGCGGAUAUGUUCGAAAACGGAAGCUUUCUACGAAGAAGGAAACGCUUCAAACGACAACAUUUCAAAUUCAGCAUGCUCAGAGAGCAGUCAAUAGAACCAAGCGGCUUUCUAAAUCUAUCCUACAGUACGUACGGGCUAGGUGCAUCCUGUGUGCAAUUACCAAGUCUGGAUAUUUAUCCAUUUAGCUGCCAUCAUCACAACCCCACGUCUUGCGCACCGAGCGUCCCGCCUGUAGGCAGCAUUCUUCCGGCACUGUCAUCUGUUUUUUCAAGGAAUUCUUUCCCUACGAAGACUUUACCUACGUCGCAGCCUUUGACAGCGGAGUCAUUAACCGCUGGGCGAAGCAAUGGUUUGACCGCUCCACUCAACCCAUGCUCUCCAUAUGCGUCACCUGCUGUCUUUCACCCUGUAGCAUUUCCUCAGUUUCUCAGCCUUCAGUAUGAAUACCAGAAAUUGCAAACAUUGAGAGGUAACCCGGACAUGUCUAAUAAACAUGUAUACUUGGGCAAUGUCAUUAAUUAGUAGCGGUUCAAGAAAGACUUCUUACUCUUCUCAGGAAAUACGUUUGUGGAACGUUUCAGAGUGCAGGUAUAAUAGGAGAUCUCUAGUGACACAGUGGACGCUGAACUUCAUUUUUGAGAGAGAGAGAGAGAGAGAGAGAGAGAGAGAGAGAGAGAGAGAGAGAGAGAUUCUCGACUAAAGACUGAUUUAUGGGCUAGUUAAUGCUUAAAAUAAUUUCUUAUCUUGUAUUUCAUAGCCUAUAACUGAAGUGCUUUGAAUGAAUUAAAAAAUAUUUAAAUUACGAAUUUCCCCUUUAUUGUUUAAAAGGAAAUAAAACGAAUUUGGUAAAAUACACCAUUUGUCUUAGGUUAAAUAGAUCUGACAACUUUUUUUAAAUAGCAAAUUCUCGUUUAACGUAAUACGUUAAAGACGAUUAAGUGCUAUUGUUGUAUUAUGUUAAAAUGUCAGCAAAUUUUAGAAAUGUGUCAUUCCAGUCAACAAUUUAAUUAUUCCACGCCAUCUAAAUAUGUUUCUCAACGUUAUAUUAUUGCGAUUAGUCUCAUUUUUAUUUAGAUAUCCUAAAUAACGCUGGAUUCUGAUUGUAAUAUAUUCCAAAUGCGAUUAAUCUCAUUUGUCAUAACAGCCCUAUGUUAAAUGUGUAACAAUUGUUUUAUAUCUAUAGUUUAGAGUGUAACGUAAUCUUCAAUAAAACAAAUUUAAUUUGAGAAACUGAAAUGUUUAAAUUUCAAUAUGAGAGCACCUCUAGAGUAAAUAGUGUAAUCAGUCUCUCAUCCCGUCGGAAGAGGCCGAGGAAGUACAAGCAAUAAGCUUUUAAACAGUGCAGUGCACUAAAGGUUCAAACCCCUGUUCUUCUUUAGAAACCCAGCGGGAUCUAUGUCAUAAAAUGCAAAUGAUUUCUAUUCGUGCUGUAACUAGCUAUUAAAUGCUACAUAUACCGUGCGGGCCUGUGAUUCUGUCUCUCAAUAUGUUUCACCACAUGUGCUGAAAUUAUAUGUCAAUUUGAAUGAAAGAUUUUGCCAGGCUAAAAUUCAAUGAUAACACUUUGUAAUCUUGUAGGUCGUGUGAAAGUGUAUUUGUUUUAAUGUGAUCAUAAAUGCAUUUUAUG